AUGUCAGAAAAGUCAGUAUUGGACAAGUCCAUCCCAUGGACUGCAGUUAUGCUUCUUUUAUCAGGUAUGUGUGUAGGUGAGGGUAUAUUACCCACUGGACCCCUGAGUGGAGCUGUAGCAGGCACAGUGAAGUUCACCACCACUCUCAGACCUCCAGAGGAACCAUUCCUCUCAGUAAGCUGGAGGUUCAAUGGGAUGAACAUCAUCAGUUCCACCAGCAUCAACAUCACUGAUCCUGGAUAUGCCGGCAGGAUCUCAUUAGACCGAGCCACAGGGUCCCUGGAGCUCAGAUACCUGGCACUGGAGGACAGCGUGGAGUACACCUUCACCAUCACACCAGAUGCAGGGCUGCCAAAACAGGGGAGGACCAAUCUGACUGUGUAUGAAGAUGAAAGCUCCACCAACCUCACCUGUGAGGCCUCUGGCUCCAUCAGCUCCAGAGAGUGGAUAAAAGAUGGCCAGCCUCUUAAUCCCAGUGGCGGUGUCAGCUUUUCCUUGGACAACAAGACAGCGUCCAUACAGCCUGUUCACAUUUCUGACCGCGGCACCUAUCAGUGUAGAGUCAGCAACCCGGUCAGCACCAUGACUGCGACCCAUAAUCUCACUGUCAGCUUUGGACCAUACAACAUGUUGAUCAGCAGACCCUCAGCUGCUCCUCAAGGUCACAGUAUAACGCUGCAGUGCACCGCAGACUCGGUCCCACCAGCACACUUCAGCUGGAUGUUUAAUGGCAAUGAGACGCAUGUUUAUAACUCGUUGUAUAUCAUAGAGAGGUUAGGGGCAGAAAACACUGGAAAUUACACCUGCACUGCCAAAAACACAGUGACCAUGAUGGAAAGCUCCACAGUUCUGGAUCUGAGAGCAUCCUGCAUUGCUCCCUGUGGGUCAUCCUCAGGGUUGGUCAUCUAUGCACUCACUCUGAAAGGGCUAAUAUAA